GGGAGAAACGAGGAGGUGUCGUUUGGUGACCCUAGCUAAACAUAUUCGCCCACUGCUGUGUCCGUUGCUCCUGGUUUGCUAACGGCUACAGUAGCUAGCUUUAUAUAUAUUUAAAAAAAUCCGUAAACAACAAUAACAUAUCAUCAAAUUAUGGAAGGCCGUGGCUACAGUUCAGGAGGAUACUCGAGCUGGGGAGGAGGUUCGGGGAGCCGAGGCUCAGACAACUAUGACCCGUAUGGAGGGGGCUACAAGGACUCCAUGUCAGGGAUGGGGGGCUACGGAGGGGGGCACAAGAGGGGUCUCUCUGGGAGCUCUCUGUUGUCGACGGGGACCAGUGCAGAUGCUGUCAUCGCUAAGAUCAACCAACGCCUUGACAUGCUGACCCAGCUGGAGGGAGGCAUGAAGGGUGGGGGGCGCAGCGACAGGUAACACACACAGAUCUCUAGCUGACAUGCACAAACUCUUUUUCCCUGGCUGGUAAAGGUGUCCUCAUGCUCCUCAGCCCAAAGUGUCCGGAACAGCUCGUGCAUAUAUCAUGACAACAUUGUGACAUUUUUGUGGUCUUCGGUACAUUUCCCCCUGGGUUGUUCUGUCAAACAGUAUCGAUUCUUCAGGAAAGUCUUUGUCAUUCAACGAGAGAUGAUGAUUGGUUUUCAAGCAAAUUCUUUCAUUGAGAAAUACUGCACAAGACAUCUUAGUUACCUGUAAAAUUGACUAUGAUCUCCUCUGCAAAAAAAAAAAUUCCAUGAGUUAUUAGAUUAACUCUUGACUAUUUUGAGGGAGUGUAUACUGGCUAUGGCACCUCAAAAUGGACAGACUAUUGCCGCGUUUCUCAUUUUUCAAGCGAAGGUCUUUUAAGGGAGUAUGCGACCACACUCGUUCAGUUCGCCUAGCCCACUAUUAUAGCUAGCACCAGCCGAACUGAAGCAAGCUAACACCUUAACUCUCCCCUGGUUUCGACUCGCCACACACACACACACACACACGUCUUUGCACUCAGAUCAAUCAAGCACCUUCACACAGUUGUGUAGUCUGCCUUUCCAACACUAUACAUACACUCUAUCAUCUGACCUGCACCUCUCCUGUGUUUUCACACAUCUGCAGCUAGCUGUUUCCAUAUCAAUCCUCCUUUCUCUUCACACCUCAAUCACUCUCAAUCACCUCACAAUGCUGCCACACCCUCGCUCUUUCCUGCUUGAAUCACCU